UUGGGUAUGCUACUGCUGCUACCAGUGCACGCAUGUGUUUGUAUGGGAUUCGUGCGAUAACGCUAGGUGUGUACCGCAGACCCAAACAACCGUCCAAGGCCGCGUAAGCGCGCGAUUGUUCCGGGAAGCACAGUUGAACAGCACCGAGGUAAAAACAGCAUCGUUUCAGCGUUCUUGGGGCCAUCUGCGAAUCACGAUGGAAUCGCAAGAAGACGUUCCUAACAUCGCUGUUCUCACACAACGGAGACGGCUUCAAGUGCGUCAUCUCAUGCUGUUCAUGAUCUCUUUCGGCAUUUUCUUGGUUUACUCCAUGAGGGUGAAUCUCAGUGUGACCAUCAUUGCCAUGGUCAACACCACAGCCACGCAGGGCAAUCAGAGCAAAGUGUUGACGUCUGAGUGUCCUCUUUCGCCUGCCAGUGGCUCUUCGCUCUCCAAUCAAAGCGACAUUCCUAUUGGGGAGUUCCUCUGGGACCAAGAAACACAAAGCUAUGUGCUCAAUGCCUUCUUUUAUGGGUACAUCGUGACUCAAAUCCCUGGAGGCUGGCUCUCCGAAGUUAUAGAUCCGGGAUGGAUCUUUGUUGGAGGAAUCGGCGUCACUUCUCUUCUCACGCUUGCCACAGCCUUAGUCGCGAGAGCCAGCUUUGCUGCAUUCCUCGUCCUUCGAGUUCUUGAAGGAAUAGCAGAGGGCGUGACCUACCCGUCCAUGUAUGCCUUGCUUGCCCGGUGGUCACCAAUUGGUGAGCGAAGUAUGAUGACCAGCGUGAGCAACAUUGGCAGCCUUCUGGGUACCGUGGUCACGCUACCCCUAGCAGCUGUGCUCUGCAAGCAUGGUUUUGCGGGAGGCUGGCCAUCUGUCUUUUAUCUCACAGGCCUCUUAGGUGUAGUAUGGUGCAUAUUUUGGAUCCUCCUUGCCUCUGGCAGUCCUGAAAAGCACAAGUUCAUUUCAGCAGAGGAAAAAUACCAUAUAAUUACUUCUCGAGACGCCAUCUUCUCGGUGCACAAGCCUGUGCCCUGGCUUAGCAUACUGACAUCGAGGGGAGUGUGGCUCUGUGCUUUUGUCAAGUUUUGUGCAAGCUGGACAUUUUACACCUUGCUCACGGAGCUUCCGAGCUAUCUUUCCAACGUGCUACACUUUGAUAUUCAAAAGAAUGGUUAUAUGAACGCCAGCAUAUACCUGGGCCAGGCGUUUGUCGGGAUUCUAUGUGGCUGUCUGGCUGACAGGCUUCGCAAGAAAGAAGUCCUCAGUGUAACUGCCGUAAGAAAGACUUUUGAGGGCCUAGGUCUUUGUGCAAUUAGUGUCGGACUUGUUGGAUUGACGUUUGCUCGGUGCAAUUGGGUUGCGGCCUAUGUGAUGCUUCUGCUCUCCAACACGUGUGCUGGUGUUCUCUAUGGUGGUGAUGCUGUCUUGCCCAUUGACCUUGCACCUGAUUUUGCUGGUGCUGUCAUGGGGCUCGCAAACUGCAUUUCCAAUACCGCCGGCAUUUUCGCGCCACUUGUGGUUGGAUACCUAACGGAAAACAAUGAGACCAUUGAGCGAUGGAACGCAGUGUUUUACAUUGCCGCCGCGGUGUGCAUGCUGGGAUGCCUGGCGUUCUUGAUGUUCGGCACGGCGGAAGUGCAGCCCUGGGCCCACGCGCCGGUGACCUCUUUCCAGAACCAGGGGGCUGUGCUCAUUGCAAGCGACGAACUCCUCAAUGACGAUCCACUAGAGGGCUCGAAGGCUACACGAUCCACUUGACAUCGACAGUAUCCAUCACUGCACCACACAGUGGGGAUGAGGAUAAUGGCCUGCUUCGUUGGUGCUCAUUGAUUUUUUUUUCUCUCCGACUCUUGCGGGAGAGAAAAUCGUGUUCUUGCCAAUGUACUGUGAUACCAACGGACAUUCUUUAUACACGUGACACUGGGUUCCUCGGCCUCCUCCUAAUAACAGCUUUCAAAGCUUUGCUCGUUAAGUGCACAAGAGCCCAUUUCGGUUUUUAGAGCGCACAGUAAUGCAUUCGUUGCAUUCGUUAAAUCUCUUACACUGCUGAAGUGAUGCAUUCGUUGCAUUCGUUAAAUCUCUUACACUGCUGAAGUGUUCUUGGUAGCGUGGCUAUCGCAUGCGUCCUCUACUUUUCUCAAAGUUUCGCACGAAAGCUGUUUGCCUGUCGGGAUUUUCACCGCAGUAAUGUCAGCACUUUUGUCUCCUGCAUUUUUAUACCCAAUGCAUUUUUUAGAAUCCCUCGUUAAUGCAUGUAAUUAAUUUUAAAUGACUGUCACACUAGUCAUUAGGUCAUAGAACAUGUGACCCGAUGGUGUGCACUGUUACAGUGAACUUUGUCUGCCACCGGGUGUCACCUUUCACUGCUGUGUGUUUUUGUACUUUGGAAACAGUUUACACAUAUGCAUUCUAUAUAUUUUGCUUAGUGUAGAGAUUUAUUGUUGUAUUAAUUUAAAAAUCAUGUCUAUGGUUGAAUUUCGGUGGUCGAUCAGCAGUCUACUGUACUCUGUACCAGGAAGAGAGGCAUCAGUUAGAGCACAUAAUUGGCAUGUCCUCAUUGAAUGAGUAAAACAUGAUACGUGACUCAUAUCAGGGGCUGGCAGAUGGUUGUAGCUAUCUGCAGUGAUGCCAUUCGUAGGUCACUCAAGCGAAAUGUUUCAACUACGGCUUGGACAGUUUUACAAUUGACAUUUAAAACAAAGAGCGCCGUAUUUGUGUUGACAUAGAACCAUCCAAUUAAGUGUUUUCUGAAGUGUUACACAUUUUGUAAUGUUUUGUAACAUCUAUUCUGCAAGGAGAGCAGGCCAGCGUUAUUAUAACUUCUAGCAACAAUUAUUCGCAUGACUGUGUACAACUUCUAAGCAGGCAUUUCAAGAAGCUCGAGAGGUGAUUGCUCGAGUAACCUGCUUCAAGUGAGCGAUUACAACUAUGCGCUAUAACUCUAAGUCGGUUGGCAAAACACGCAUUGUUGUCUUUAGAGUGAAAUACUCUCAUCCCAAAUGGCCUCGAAGAUUCUCAUUUUUUUUCUUUUCCUCUGGCAAAAGUAGCAAUUAUUUUAUGUGCGUAUGAUUAUAUCUGCACCAUGGCUUCUUUCAGUGUUACUUCUUUAAUAGCCUUUAUUUUAACAUUACGUGCAGAGGCUGUUCAGCAUGGACGCUUGUUAGAAAGGCUGCAAUUUUGAUAAUGUGUGUGCACAUGUGCAAGUAGUUGUAUUGUAAAUACGGAGCACAGGCAUUGUUGGCAUGUUCUCAAAAUGGUUGCAGCAGAUGCUACAGAUCGAGCUGUGCUUCAUUUUUAGCCCCUUUUUGAACCAGCAGCUUGGUUUGAAAAUAGGUACUAAUCCUUAAAGUUUUCAUCAUCUUAAAAUUUCACCAUCAUCAUCAGCCUGACUACACCCACUGCAGAGCAAAGGCCUCUCCCAUGAGCCGCCAAUCAACCUGAUCUUGUGCUCUCCGCUGCCACGUUAUACCUGCGAACUUUUUAAUCUCAUCGGCUCACCUAACAGUGCGUUUGCCUUCUCUGGGAAUCCAGUUAGUUACCCUUAAUGACCAGCGGUUAUCCUGUCUACGCGCUACUUGCCCGGUUCAUGUCCAUUUCUUCUUGUUGAUUUCAGCUAUGAUAUCCUCAACCCCUAUUCGUUCCCUGACCCACUCUGCUCUCUUCUUGUCUCUUAAGGUUACACCUGUCAUUUUCUUUUCCAUCGCUCGCUGCGUUGUCGUCAAUUUAAGUUGAACACUCUUGUGCGCCUCCAGUUUUCUGCUCCUUUGGUAAGUACCGGCAAGAUGCAGCUGUUAUAUACCUUCCUCUUAAGGGCUACUGGUAGAUUGCCAUUCAUCAUUUGAGAAUGCUUGAUGAAUGUGAUCCAGCCCAUUCAUAUUCUUAUAGUUAUUUCACUUUCAUGGUUCGGCUUCACAGUUACUACCUGUCAGAAGUAGAUAUAUUCCUUUAGAACUUUCAGCGUCUCUCCACCUAUCGCAAAAGCCUUUUUUUUUUCCAAGACCGUUGCACAUUGCUUUAGUUUUGUGCAUAUUGAUUUUCAGACCUACCUUUCUGCUUUCCAUGUCCAGUUCACUAAUCAUGAGCUGUAAUUCGCUUCCUGAGUCACUCAUGAAGGCAAUGUCAUCAGCAAAUUGCAGGUUAUUAAGACACUCUCUGUUAACUCUUAUCCCUAGCUCUACCCAAUCCAGGGCCCUGAAGACCUCCUGUAAACAGGCAGUGAAUAGUAUUGGAGAGAUUGUGUUUCCCUGCCUUACACCCUUGCUAAUUUGGACUCUUUCACUUUCUUUACGGAGAACUAUGGCGGCUGUGGAUCCGCUGUAGAUUUCUUCCAGUAUGUUUGUAUAGGGUUCAUCAAUGCCUUGAUUCUGUAGCGCCUGCAUCACCGCUGAUGUCUUAACUGAGUCAAACACCUCAUAAUCUAUGAAGGCUAUGUAUAGGGGUUCGUUGUAUUCUGCGCAUUUCUCUAUCACCUCAUUGAUAGUAUGAAUGUAGUCUACUGUGGUGUAGAACCAAGUAACCCUCUAAUACCGGUGUCACAUGGGCACUUUUAAUCACGAUCAGGGCGAUCCGGAUCAGUUUUCUUGAUCGCUAUCAACUUUAUGACCGCUGCUACAUGGCCCAAGCUAAUCCGGUUCGAGCUUAGGUCAGAUGAAAUGCCCCCAAGUGACAUUUGCGUGCCGUAAACCAUGCCACUGACAAAACUCGGCGUACUGUAUAUCUAUAGAGCUCUUUAUCAGCAAUGUUGCCUAUUCUUGCAAGAACUGCUCCAACGUCAAAAAGUUCGCAUGCCACUAGAAUAUGAUUUCAUAAAUCCAUCAUUCGAUAAAAUUUUCUUAGCACUUACUUGUAUUGCUGUGUGAGAUUCUUAACCUUCGCUUUUAUUUCUGAUGGCCCCCGCUCGUAGCCGUGUAGUAACAGUGAAGCUUCACCCUCGUUGUACGCGCCAGUGUUUCACUUCUCUCUCCUCAAGUCUGUUCCAGUCGCUCCUGCCAGCGGCCAAUCACAUUAAAGGUCUCUUCAUUCUACCACGAAGUGCAUGUACAUUGUGAUGCAGUCGAAAGGCUUGCGACACUCAUAAUCAGUUUGCUUCUAGGUGCUCCAACAGCUUCGACAGGGCGGGAGUUGAAAUAAGCGCCGAAGGCAACGGUCGACUGCUGGUCGUCUGCUUGUCGUCUGCUUCUCCCGUAAUGUAUACAUGCGGUCGAUGUGAAUCUUAAAAUAUGCAUUACUUGCAGAUAUUAUUUUAAUUUAAACAGUUUAGAAUUUGUUUUUCUUUAUGAGCAUCUAGCUGUUUUAAAGUGUUUUUAUUGAACUAUCCCCGAUUUCUUGUUUAUUGUGCUUUCAACAAACUCGGCUAGGGAGUGCAGAUGACAGCAAAAUCGCGAUCUCUCAGGCAGAUCACGAUAGUCUUGAUCCCGAUCAGGCCUGUUCGGGAUUAAAUGUGAACUUGUAGCAGCACCUAAUCUUGAUUGUGGUUAAUCCAGAUUGACACUGAUCACGAUUAAAAGUGCCCGUGUGACACUGGUAUAAGUUUCGUUGAGAGCCUAAUCUGCCUGCUCCUCCUUUUUUCAUUAUUGUUUUUGUUGGCCUUCCACUACAAUUCUAUUCUAUUUAAAUAUAGGUGAGCAAAGGUAACAGCAAGCUUUUAAUUACCAUUUUUAACUGGGACAUUAUGUCAUUUCAUUCAGAAGGGCAGAUGGAAGAGAAUAUGGCAGGCGUGAUGCUGAUAGAUAAGCAAGUGGAAGUAGGCAUUAUGGAGCAAAUGUUGGUUGCUAAAACAUUCAUCAAAAUUUAGGUGUAAAAUUGGCAGCCUUUGUAAUGCAUAGAACAGAUUACGUGUAGUUUACGGUAUUUCCGCUAUUGAUGCCAUGGUUAGGGAAACACAGGAGAGGAUAUGACACUAUACUGCAAUGUACUUACAGCUAUAGAAUGACUGUUGCUGAAGUAUGUCAACUCUAUAUUAUGGGGUACGGCCUUCAUUCUAUAUUUCACAUGAAAUAGGAUGACAAAAACAAACUUCCAACAAAUGUUGGCUGUAAUUCUGCAUGGGAAGCACCCUCUUUUUUUCAAUCGGAUUUUGCUUUUUCUGUAGGUUUAAUAUGUUGAACCACUUCAUUUAAUGUUGUCAAAAGGUAGAGCAUUCACCGCAACAAUGUGAGAAAUAUAAUAUUGUGCUGGAUUAGCACAUCACAUGUAUAAAAUUGUAAAUAGAGACUAUAGCUAUGAUGCCCCAGAAAUGGUGUAAACAUAAAAAUAUGGUGUAGCAGUGUUACCUAAAUUAUCAACCAUUGCUCGUUCAAAAAGAUCGAUUUAACUCAAAAACUUUAGCAUGGCAACAUGUUUAAACAAUGGAAUGUCGAUAAAUUAUGCAGCAAAUUUUUUAAAUUGUGAUGGUAACUUUUUAAGCAUAGUAUGCCUUGACGUUCAUUAUUUUAUGUUGGGCCAAGUAAAAAUGCUGUUUCAGUGUACAAGUCAUUUAAUAGCAGAGGUUUUGGUUGAAUGUUCAGCUAUGCAGCUUUCCUGUGUUGUUGAAAUUUGGCCAAGAAUUGCUGUGAUCUAAUUCAUUGAGAAAAAAAAAAAAACAUGCACGCACAGUUAUGUCAUUGGUACAUUUAUUUGAGUGUGUAAAUAUGAGAAGGAAUUUCAGAUAGUUUUAUUUUAUAUCUAUCUACAUUUUAUUUUUUUGUUGUUGAUUAACCAUGCAUUCUCGCUCAACAAAUGGAGGACACUUAGAAUAAUAAUUUCUUGCAGUGUUCCCAAUCGGUCAUGUUGUGUGCCUACCAUUUCUGUUUUGAUGACUGCUAUUUUCAUUUUUUGUUGUGACAUCAAAGAAAUCAGUAGGAGAGUGGUUUACAAUGUCUUUCUCGCAUCAUGCAUCCUGCACUAUCUUUACAUUCUUUCACAUGUAUGUACAAAUGCAUAUUAAAGGGCCAGUAAACAACCCUAACGUCCAAAAACUGUUGUAAAGACAAAUAUGUGCACUUUUACUUUGUGAACAUGCUGCCGCAAGAAUUUCACAAAUUCGUGCUAUACGUAUUAAGGAAGUUACAGGGGCUAGAACAUCGCGUUCGGCUGGUUUCAAAUUUUCACGCGGCCUCGCCAUCCUUCUCCUUCAGAGGGAGGGGAAGGCAUGGCCCAUCCUCAUGACUCUGUCGGCUUCGGCAAUGUGACAAGACGUCAGCAAUUGACGUCAUUGGUGAACUUGAUCAAUCGCAACGUCGCACUUCCGCUUGCUGUGAUGCCUGGUUGUUUACUGUUUACCUAGUGCCGAUGCUUCUUCGCAGCCCAGUCAUUCGAUUUGCAGCCGACAAUGAUUUGCAGCAAAACUGCAUUCCAAAACUGGACAUGAAGUUGGCUUGAUUUUUAUGGAGUUUGAUAUUUUGGGAGUGGACUGUGGCGCCACCUGGAAGCAGCAACACAAAAAACAAAAAUAAUACGCUUAAUAGUGGGUGUGUUGGUCAACAGGUGGCACGAAAAUCUGCUUACUACCAAAAACUGGGUCAGUGAAGUGUCCCAAUUACGAUGCAUGGAGCCUAUGGGGAGUUUUGCAACUCAUAUGAUUGAAUAGCUCUAUCGUAGCUGUGGUGGGAACAGGAACUGUCGUUGACUUCACUACUGUUUGUUGAGACCUGGUUUAGACCAAUAGACGAGCUGCUUGCUGCGUCACGUCGCUGAUCGCUGAGUUGUCGUCACUGUGUGUGCAAGGAGCAUUGGCCAGGUGUAGGAAAGAAUUGCGGAAAUUGUGUUUUGAAAUGGAGGCUCUGUGUGGCGCGCAGCUUUGUAAUAUUCAGAAAAUGUGAUCACUGCGGUCUUCUCUACGAGUUACCGAGCUUGUUUGCGGGAUGUAAAAAAAAAGCCGGAGCCUGUUUACUGGCCCUUUAUAAAGGUAUAUACCAGUUGCUCUGACUGUGUUGUGUAGAUUUCUAGUGGUGGAAUGUCUGGGUUCUGAAAAUCCAAUGAAAAAAAAGGCUUGAGUUUCCUUGCGCACUUGCACUGUGCUUUGUGGUCAGCUUGCGUUUCCAGUGUUGAUAGGCGUUUUAUUGCUCGUGCCUGUGGCUUGUGCAUAGGGCUCUUAAUAUAUUUAGUUGCACAAAAUAUUUGAUAUUCGCUAAUGUUUCUGCUGCAUCGUGAGGCAGUGCUAUGGGGUAAAGCCUUUCUUAUUGCUUUUGUAUAUCUUCUUGUUAUUAUGACUACUACAAUGGCUCCUCGAGAACUUCUUGUUUCUUUUGAAAAGAAUAAAUUAUUUUUGUGGGAUGUAGCACUGGUUAUUAAAGCACUAGGCACAGUGUAAAUUUUCACAUUAUCUGAGACAAGUGUAGCAGGAAGAUCUGGAAAAGAUGGCAUUUAUUUCUGCAAAACCAUGUUUACUGUAGGCUGGUUGAAGUGAUCCGCAAAUAGAUCUGAUGAGCUGCUUUUUUUGUUAUUUUAAUGUUGCUACCAUGCAUUUUAUUUGCUUUCUUUCUCUUUCGUUCAAUAGGUCUAUUAUUGACUGAUUAAGUGAACUAACUUUUGACACACACAUUGUUGUUUUACACAUUCUUGCAUGUUUAUGUGAUAUCGAAACUUGUUUGGACUGCAAUAAUGUAUGAGUGUUUGAGUGUCUAGCAUGUACUGUUGAUCGCGGGAGUUUGCGGGAUACACAAGCUUAGGGUGAAUCACCAUGCCGCGUUAUGCGACUCCCUUCACCAGUUUCCAGGCACCCAUGCCAAAGGAUACGAGUUGGCAAUGGAGCAGUCGCUCAUAAACACUUCACUGCAGUUCAAGUAACAGAAAUUCGUUGCCGAAUUUCAAUUGUCAAAACAGUAACUUUUGCACAACAGCGUGUACCACAGAUGCAAGCAGACAAUUGUAUCCUUGGUGUUUGUUUAAAGCACCAGUUGACAUUGCCUAUGUUGUUUGUUGACAGUCUUGCAUUUUUAGUCUAACUUUCAUGAAGCCCUUGCACAUUGAUGAAGUUCCUGCUGUUUACUGCAUAAUAAAAAUAUUUAAGUUAA